GAUGGCUGCAGCUGGAAUAAUCUCCAACUUGAUCCUCCUCUUUUAUGUUUUUCUCUUGAUGCAUGGCAUUGGAGCUAGGACGAUCAGAACUCAACAUCUUGAUGAUGAUGAAGAACACAAUAUUCUGAUGGUGAAUGGACGCCAGGACGCCAUGCAUGGGGAUCAUCAUUCAUCAUCUCAUCAUCAUAUGGCUAUAGAAUUUGGGUUAUUUAGAAUGAAUGAUCUAAGUUUAGGCAAAAAAAUGCUUAUUGAAUUCCCCCCGAAAGUCCUUUCUUCUUCUACUCGGCUCCUCCCCAGAGAAGAGGCUGAUCUCAUUCCUUUCUCGUUAAACCAACUCCCAAACAUUCUCAAUAUUUUCUCAAUCCCCCAUGACUCUCCAGAAGCUGAAACCAUCGAAAGCACACUAAGAGUUUGUGAGUCGGAGCCCCUCCAAGGAGUUAGCGUUUUCUGUGCUACUUUCUUAGAAUCCAUGGUUGAUUUUGCUGGUAACACAUUGGGGACAUAUCAUUUAAGAGCUAAAACCACAACUGCUCUCACAAAAUCAUUAACCGGCCGUAAGCAAAACUAUACAAUUUCAGAGGUGCCGAAGGAGGUUCCAGUGCCAAUGAUGGUAGUAUGUCACAUGAUGUCCUAUCCUUACGUAGUUUAUUUCUGCCACAACCUGAAAGGUGAGAGUGAAAACAAGUUGUUUAAGGUUCCAAUGAUGGGUGACAAUGGAGAUCGAGUGGAAGGUCUUGGUAUUUGUCACUUGAAAACAUCUAAUUUAAAUUUGGACCUGAACAACCCAGGACUCCGAUUGCUUGAUCAGAAACGGGGAGAUCACUUUUGCCAUUUUCUACCUACAAAUCAUGUCGUUUGGGUUCCAUCAUCUUAA